AUGGCCUGCCCAUCGUUGGUGGUCGAGGUCCUAUCGGCUCAGAUAAGGGUCGCGGCCCGUGGCCUGGGCCUGUCGGAAUGUGCCAAAGCAGCAAUUCGAGCCUUCAGGAUGUCGCCACUUCGGACUCCAUCCUGCGAUCGCAAUCCUCUCUCCCCCCACGUUCAGAGGCCUCCUCCGCAGCGGUUUCUGCCGUUGUCGACCACACCAGCGCCCGCGCCCGCGCCCGCGCCAGCACCAGCACCAGCACCAGCGCCAGCACCAGCACUACUGCAGGCCGAUCUACCCAUCUACCUACCUAGCCAUCUAUCCACUCAUGAGCGCACGAAUGAAGCCAACACGAUGAUACAGAUACGCAGGCCGCAGCUGAUUGAGUUGCCUGCUGCCCUUCUGCCCUUUCCCACACAUCCCAACUCACCGAUACUGGAUACUGGAAACUGGAUACUAGAUGCUGGAUACUGGAUACUGGAUGCUGGAUGCUGGAUGCUGGAUGCUGGAUGCUGGAUGCUGGAUGCUGGAUGCUGGAUGCUGGAUGCUGGAUACUGGAGUGCCGCCAGCACUGAAAUCGAGGGUUUCUUCGUUACUGACCUCGGUACUGACCUUGCUACUGUACUGACUGACCUUGCUACUGACCUCGUUGCUGCCCUCGUUCCUGCCCUCGUUCCUGCCCUCGUUCCUGCCCUCGUUCCUGACCUCGUUACACCGGUGGGCCGCCCUCAUCCUCGUCCCUCCAUUGUCGUUGUAGGAGCCGGUCGUGUCGCGACAGUUGUCGACCGUCGAUGGCAAGUGCCGUCGCCUCUUGCACCAGACUCUGUACCUGCACCUCGAGACGCUGGCUGUGCUUCCGUCCUUGCCUAA